UUCCUGGCAUAUCUGCGGCAAGGAAACCUUCCCGGAAUCAAUUCGCGCUUAUUUCUACGCCGCUCAAGCUGUUGAUGAUCGGACAGCGACAGCGGUAUGACAGCCGGGUCAUAUCGAUCGCGCUGGCCGAUUAAAGUCCGGCUGCCGGCCGGCGAGUGAUUUGUUCCCUGCGACGUACGGCAGGGCCGGGCCAUAUGGUGAAUUUGCGUGGGUCGACGGCGGUCUGGGCCGGCAGGUACCUGCCGCUGGCCUUCCCGGCGUGCUGCGCCCUAUGGAUGCUCCUCGUCUUCCCUUCUCCGCCGGUGGAGGUCGCCGUCUUCCGGCAGAGUUUCCAGCCGAGCAUUGCGUUGACGGGGCUGCGGGCCGUUGACACGACGCCCCCGUGGCCGUCGGAGCGUCGAGAGAUCGUUGACACGUCCUCGCCGCUGACGCCGCCGCCGCCGCCGACGGAGCGCCAUGUCAUCAUUAACGCUCCGCCUCCACCGCUGGCACCGAAACGUCAAGCAAGAACGGAGAUGUCACGUCAAGCAGGGACAGAGAUUCAAUCGCCACCUCCACCGGCGGUGGCGACCGACAGGUGCGCCGGCCGCUACAUCUACAUCCAUAAUCUGCCGAGUCGGUUCAACUCCGACCUGAUCCGGGACUGCCGGUCCCUGUCAGAGUGGACCGACAUGUGCAAGCACCUCCUCAACGCCGGCAUGGGCCCGCGGCUCACGCGCACCGGCGGCGUUCUCCCGUCCACUGGCUGGUACGACACCAACCAGUUCGCCCUGGAGGUCAUCUUCCACAGCCGGAUGCGACGGUACGAUUGCCUCACCACCGACGCGUCCCGCGCCGCUGCCGUCUACGUGCCCUACUAUGCAGGGCUCGACGUCGGCCGACACCUGUGGGGGUUCAGCAACGGCGUCCGCGACGCUCUCGCGGAGGACCUCUUCGAGUGGCUCCGGUCGUCACCGGUAUGGGCGGCGCAGGGCGGGCGGGACCACUUCUUCGUCGGCGGUCGCAUCACGUGGGACUUCCGGCGCGAGGUCGGCGGCGAGUGGGGGAGCCGGCUGCUUCUCCUCCCGGAGGCCAAGAACAUGACGAUGCUCGCCAUCGAGUCCAGCCCGUGGCACGGCAACGACAUCGGCGUGCCGUACCCGACCUACUUCCACCCGUCCCUCGCCGGCGAGGUGGCCUCAUGGCAGCGGGCCGUGCGACACACGCGAAGGCCAUGGCUGUUCGCGUUCGCUGGCGGCGCGCGGGCGCACGACGGCAGCAACAAGAACGUUAACGCCGUCGUCCGCGACAUGAUCAUCAACCAGUGCGCGCGGUCGCGGCGGUGCGGGCUCCUUCUGUGCGGCGGCCGUGGCCGGCGCAACGACUGCUACGCGCCGAGCAACGUCAUGCGGCUGUUCAAGAGCGCCGCCUUCUGCCUGCAGCCCCAGGGGGACUCGUACACGCGGCGGUCGGCGUUCGACGCCGUGCUCGCCGGCUGUGUGCCGGUGUUCUUCCACCCCGGAUCGGCGUACGUGCAGUACCGGUGGCAUCUGCCGGCGGAUCACCGCAAGUACUCGGUGUUCGUGCCGGAGGACGGCGUGCGGAACGGCACAGUGAAGUUGGAGGACGUGCUCCGGCGGAUCGGCGCCAGGGAGGUGGCGGCCAUGAGGGAGCAGGUGGUCAGGUUGAUUCCCAACAUCGUGUACAGGGACCCAAGGGUCAAGGCUGGCUACCGCUUCAGGGACGCCGUGGACGUCGCCGUGGACGGCGUGAUCGAGAGGGUGAGGAGGAUCAAGCGAGGGCUGGAGGACGAUGUGGGGCAUCAGUGGGAUAGUUACUUUGACAAGUAGCGAAACACUCUUUUGCUCUGAUUUUCGAGACAAGGAGACACCAAAAUGCAUGGCCAAUCAAUAUAAUCUCAGAAGGUUACGUCG